UUUGAAUGUUUGGUUGUCUCAUGGAAACUGGUUCUAUCGUUUUCCUGGAAAAAGUUUCAAACCCGGCGUUUGCCAAAUGGUCUGAUUUUGAGGCCUCCAGAAACCACCAUCAUAUCUAUCCAUCGACUGUUAAACUUAUAAAAGUAGGCGCGGAGAAGUCCAUUCUGCAAUUAUGAAGCUCCAAAACACAGAGGACAAAAUUCAACUGCCUCUUCAGAAGCGGAAAUCAAAAAAAUCCAAGGCGCACAAGAAGAAAAAUACCCCCAACCUCGGAAGGAUGGUCGCCAUUGCGGACUUGACAAGCCACCUGGCUUUAAUUGAGGACGACGACAAUUUGGGAGCCAACAACAACGGCGAAGAAAAUGUCGCGCGCCUAGAAGAGAUCCGCACAACACCUCUCUUUUCUUCUGGCGUUCAGAUGGCCAUGCAAAUUCAGGCGCAGCAGGACGCGUUGCCCCAGUAUGCCUUGAUGGGCAUGCGGACAGAGACAUACGGCAGAUCCGAAGGGGAAGCCACCUCAGAAACCCAUAUCAGACGAUCGACCAAUCUGGUGUAUGCCAAUAUCAACGCGCCGUGGUCGACAUUUAUCUGCGGCAGUCAGGGAAGCGGGAAGAGCCAUACGCUCUCAUGCAUGCUUGAGAAUGCACUACUCCAUCCGUCCGAGACGGGGACGCUGUCAUCCCCUCUCACCGGCCUUGUAUUGCACUACGAUAAGUUCACGGGCGUGAACACGGGCCAGCUAUGUGAGGCGGCGUAUCUUUCGUCCAAGGUUCCGGUCCGUGUGCUUGUUGCGCCUAGCAACUUUGGCCAUAUGGAGAGACUCUAUGCGAAUAUGCCGGGGUUGGCGGAUGGGGCUCCAAAGCCUAAAGUUUCCAGUUUGUAUUUCCGUGAGGACCAGUUAACGUUGGGGAUGAUGAAGGAUUUGAUGGCGGUUAGUGGUGAAGGGGCGCCUCCACUUUAUAUGGAGGUCGUUACGAAAGUCCUGAGAGAAAUGGCUGCAGAGGCGCUUGGUCCACGGGGGAUAAAUUUCAAUGCUUUUAAAAAGCGUCUCUACGUCGCUGAGAACCUGAAUAAAGGCCAACUAGGACCGCUGAAUAUGCGGCUCAAUUUGCUCGAAUCGUUUCUCGAAAAGACUUAUAAAAAGCCAGCCCGAGGGCUUGCAGUGGGGAAGGGAAGGCAGGGGAAAAACAUCUGGGACUUUCCGCCGGGAUCUUUGACAAUCAUUGACCUGAGUUGCCCAUUUGUGGACGAAAACGAUGCGUGCUCGCUUUUCAAUAUCUGCCUGAACAUUUUCAUGGAGCGGCGGAAUGAGAGCGGGCGCGUCGUGGCAUUGGACGAAGCUCAUAAGUUCUUGACAACAAACAGCCGUGAAGGCGGGAACCUAACAGACACCCUGCUGUCACUGAUCCGCCAGCAAAGACAUCUAGCUACACGGGUCAUUAUCGCAACCCAGGAGCCCACGCUAUCGCCCAGUUUACUGGACCUGUGCAACGUAACCAUUGUCCACCGUUUUAGUUCACCUGCUUGGUUCACAACACUACGAGGGCAUCUCGCUGGUGCAGCGAUUGACGAUAAUAACAAGCCGAAAUAUGGCCCCGAUAACUUAUUUUCCAGAAUCGUGACUCUAAAAACUGGCGAGGCUUUGGUAUUUUGUCCAGGCGCGAUACUUGAUAUCGUAUCAGAUGAAGCAUUGGAAGAAUCCACGCCAUCACCAGGUGAGCCUGAGCCGCCGCACGGGGUAGCCGCGUUGAAAGCAUUGAGAAUUAGAGAGUUAGGACCGCGAUAUGUCCGGGUGAGAAUCCGCAAACGGGUCACGGCCGAUGGAGGACGAAGCAUUCUUGCUCAAAACUGAGAUAACCCCAAUCGUAUUGUUUCUAAGUGGAGGAGUUCCGGGCAAGCUGGGUUGGGCUUUGGGCCUGUUUUUAUUUAACCUCUAGUUUCAAAUCGUGCUAGCUUUUGGUCUAAAUGUGGCGCUCUCUUGGUGUUUAUUUUAGGUCAAAUAAGUCCGAACUGUAGUCUUUAGGUUCUUUUUCUUUCUCACGCGAAAUCUAUUUACCUGGUUAGAUACCUCCUUUGUUGUUAUACUGUCAACUAGGUUCGAAAGAUGUUGU